AUGGGUCUCUUUAGCAAGCUCUUUCCAAAGAAGAAGAAGUCUAAUGCCGCCACAACAGGCAAGGAUGCAGACAAUGCAGACACAGUCACACUUGCAAGCAGCACUCGGAGCAAGGAGUCUGACAGUGACAGUUCCAGCCGAAGCAUGACAAAGUCCAAAAAGACCAAGAAGAGCUAUUCUGGUUCCACUCCUCCACCAAAGCCCGACAAUCCGAAAGCAGUGGCAGCCAAAACCAUGGCAGCCAAGUUCAUCGAGUACCUGAAUGCACGUGACCCUGACGCGUUGAAGGAAGGUGUCCAAGACAGUUGCAUGGUAGUCUUUGCAGAGCAAGAACUGCCCUUUGAUGCCUAUGUGGAUGAAGCAAUCAAGAUUUUUAAAGCGUUCCCUGAUUUCCACAUUGAAUGUCCAGGUGGUCUUCAAGUUGAAUAUGAUAGCAAGCAGAGGCUCUGCUGCGUUGCUCGUGACUGUGUUGCCAGUGGGACCCAUGAUGGAGCCCCCUAUGCAUUUGGUCCCUUUGAAGAGGUUGAAAUCACCAACAAGUUCAUCAAGAAUGAUCCAGAGACGUACUACUUCUAUGUCAAUGACAAAGGGAAGAUAUGUGAUUUCCAGAUUGAAGCCAAGGAGGGAGACAUGACAGGACCAGCAGGCUUCUACCAACAGAUUGGAGGAUUUCCUGUCUUGUAG